AUGACCACAAAAAGAAGGCACAACGGCCGUGCCAAAAAAGGCAGUGGUCAUGUGCAGCUUCUUCCCUGCACGCAUUGCGCCCGGUUUGUACCCAAGAAUAAGGCUAUUAAGAAGUUUGUCACUCGGAACAUAGUGGAGGCCGCCACCAUCAGGGACAUUUCUGAAGUGAGUGUUUUUGACCGUUAUGUGCUUCCCAAGCUGUAUGUGAAGCUGCAUUACUGUGUGAGUUGUACCAGUCACAGCAAAGUGGUCAGAAGUCGAUCUCGUGAAGCCUGCAAGGACCGAACUCUUCCACCCCAACUUAGACCUGCUGGUGCUGCCCCACGACCUCCACCAAAGCCCAUGUAAGGAGAGCUG